AUGUCGCCUCUUCCACGCUCGAUUCUGAGAAUAUACCUUGCCUCACACGCUCUCGCUAAGCUGCGGUAUUUUUGCUUUAACUUCUUUUUAUCUGCCGUCCUCUCCCCACCUCUACAGAAUUCUUGUCUCUACUACACUUACGUGGUGACCGAUAAGACCAGUGGCGCAGAGUUGAGACUCACCGAGGAGAUCUUCCUCAGCUCUCCGAUAGUGCCGGACAAGAAGCAUCGCCUCUCUCUGAAGCGCUACAUGGACAAGGUGAGUAUCUUAUUCGGUCAUGUAGCCAAGAAUUUUUUCAUCCCCUAUCUGAAGUCGACUAUGCCAUAG